GCUGUUAUAUUCACGAUUUUUUAUUUAUUUAGUUCUAGUUGUUAUUGUAGUUUUAAUCAUUAGAUUUAUUGUGUAGUGCAUCAUUCAGACAUGUGAAUUGUUUCAUGUAGAUGAUGAUGAAUUUCAAUAUUGUGAUAAUAUUUUUUCUGUAUUGUGUUAUAUUAGUAAAUUCCCAAGGGAAACUGACUGAUGUUGUUCAGACUAAAUAUGGGCCUGUACGUGGUGAAAUAUACGAAACAGUCCAAACAGGAGUAGAAUAUUCGUCAUUUAGGGGUAUUCCAUAUGCAAAGCCGCCUGUUGGAAAGCUACGAUUUCAGCCUCCUCAAGUUCCCAAUGCUUGGACAGAAGUUCUAGAUACCAUGGAUGAUCCGAGUCCAUGUCCACAACUUGAUGGUACUGAUGUGAUUGGUGAUGAAGAUUGUCUUUAUUUAAAUGUUUAUUCUCCAGAGUUGAAAUUGAGUUCUCCGAAAGAACUUAGAGCAGUAAUGGUAUGGAUUUAUGGUGGUGCCUUUGUCUCUGGUUCAGUAAACACUUCUUCUUAUCGUCCAGAUUUUUUGAUUGAAAAAGAUGUUGUUGUAGUCUCAAUGAACUAUCGAUUAGGAGCCUUAGGAUUUCUAACUCUCGGUAAUGAGAUGAUCAGCGGAAAUGCAGGGCUAAAAGAUCAAACAUUAGCACUCAAGUGGGUUAAUGAAAAUAUUAAAGAGUUUGGAGGUGAUCCAAACAAAAUAACCAUUUUUGGAGAAAGUGCUGGAUCCAUUUCGGUUGAGCUUCAUCAUCUUUCUUCGCUUUCUUAUGGAUUGUUCAGAGCUUCAAUUGCAAUGAGCGGAUCUCCUAUUAAUCCAUGGGCGAUGCAUAGUUUUGCGGAAGCUUCAAACAUUUCUAUCCAAAGAAUUCAAACACACAUUCUUAGUACAUUUGAUGCUAAUUCAACUGAAGAUGUUUCCAAGUUGUAUGAAGUAUCUGUUGAUGAAUUGGUUCUCCUAGAUGAUUUGAGCACUUUCAGUACUGAAGAUUUUACUUUUGCGUUUGCACCAACUGUUGAAGUAGCAGGUGCACAAAAUCAACCUUUCAUUACUGAUGAACCUUUUUUGAUAUAUCAGUCUGGCAAUUUCUAUCACGUCCCUCAUAUACUUGGAUACAUGAAUAAUGAAGCUAUUUCAUGGAGAAAGGUAUCGAGUGAUCCAAAUAUUGGAAACAACAGAACUGCCCUUGACAGAAUUACAUUUGAUGAAUUUCGAGUAGGAAUCAAUCUGACACGUCAGUUGAUGAUAGAUAGCAGUUCUGAGCCAGUCUUCUACUACCGAAAUGUAUUUGAGUAUCCAGAAAUUUUGCAUAAAAUUAAUGGAAUAGCUUUGAAUGGCAGCGGGCAUGGUGAUGAUGUUGGUUAUGUCUUCUAUGUUCAAGGAGCAAAUCAGACAUUAAAUCCCAAUGAUGAAGUUUCUAUUUUUAGGAAUAAAUUUGUUACUUUAUGGACAAAUUUUGCUAAAUAUUUGGAUCCUUCAGCAGUUUUUGAAGAUGGAACUGAAAUACAAUGGCCGCCAACAGACAAUGCAGGACGACUCUUAAAAAUAAACAGCACAUUUGAAAUUUUAGCCCAUGAUGACUAGAAUAUAGUUUCAAUAAAAAUUAUAAAGUGCUGUUAAA